AUGGAGGCAGGCCCAGGGCUGAGCCUGUUCCAGGGCUCGGACAACAUACAGCUAAACGCUGCGACGCAGGGUCGCGAAGAGGAUGAGGAGCAGGAGGAUAUCAAAAGGCGCGAGAAGGAGAUCCAAAAUUGCAUGGAGAAUGUAUUUGCCGAUUUGGAGGCCGAUUUGGACGACGACGCCAGUUCUAUCGAUAGCAGUCACUACCAGGACAGUGUCAAAGACACGGACUGUACCAAUACAGUGAUCAAUUCCGGCUUGCGGUCGGUUACGCCUAUCAGAGAUCAGGCAGCGAUGCAGUCGCAGAAGGACUACGGCGUUUACAAUAACAUGCAGAAUGUAAAUAAUUACGAUUUCAAUGUGAUAACGAAUCACAGGUCAGAUUCCGACGUGGGUGGUGACGGGACGAUGCAGGCGUCCGACGUGACCGAAUUCGACUAUAGUCGAGUCAGACAAACCGGUACUCCAUUUGUCAAUAAUAGAUUAAACGACAGCAAUAGUGUGCCGGAAACGACGUAUGAAUUGGCGAAACCCCCGAACACCGGGUACACCCGCAAAAUGUACCGCAAGCCGGCCGAGGAAUAUACAUUCGAGAAUUAUCCCUGCAACUACGAGACACCGUCGAAUCAUUAUAACGUGCACUCGAAGGAAUAUUCGAACAACGGUUUCACAGACAGAUACAAGAAUAAUGUACAAAGCAAGCACGAGUUCGGAGGGGGCGACAAUGCUACCUCAGAUCAUAUGAAUCACUGCUACAAGACUAGUCCGAAUGGCAGGCCAAUGGACGACGGUAUAGCGUACAAAACUGCCGAAUAUAACAGCAAGGAGCAACUGGAAGUGAUGUAUACGGUUCGAAUAAGGGAGAUCGAGCGUUUGACGGAGGAACUGCAGCAGUUGCAGUCGGCCAAGGAGGACGAGAAGAAUCAGUUGGGGAGAAAAUUGAUGCUGCUACAGACGGAGGUCAAUAGGACAAAUAUCUCGAAGAAUGAAGCGCAACAAGCGCUCGUGGACGCUAAGGCUGAGAUAGCUGGUCUGCAAAUGCAAAUGGAGUCUCUGAAGGAGAAAAAUGCGAUCUUGGAGAGGACGAAUCAAAAUGUGACGGAAGAAUUGAAUAUCGCAAGGGGCUCUGUUAUGGAUUUGCAACAGAAAAUCGCUGUACUGGAGCGGUCACAGGCGUUGCAGACGAAUGACAAGACGCAUGAGAAGUUUUUGAAACAGGCGCAAGAAAAACACGCGGUCGAGAUGAAAAAUAUGCAGACGCAAAUAGACGUUCUCACAGACAAAUUGAACGCCAAGCUGCAUAAUAUGGACACCAGCAACAAUAGUAUUUGGGAAACGUCAUACGUCGCUCUCGAGCAUAAAUUAGAUGACGUACGAAGAGCGCACGAGACUCUCAUGGUGGAAAAGGGGGACACUAUGAAUCGAUUGGCACAAGCGUUAGAGGAGAGUCAAGCUCAAUGCCGCAAUCUCAUGGCCACAAAUAGCGCCCAACAGGUGAUGCAAUUACAGGCGCAGGUGAAAAUGUUGAAUCAGGAAAAGGAGGAGCUGCACAAGAAUGUGCAUGAGUUACAGAACAAACUGGAGGCAGCUAAAAAUGAUGUAGCGCAGUAUGAUUCAUUGCUCGCUACAACUUUAGAAGACGAUUCUGACUCGAUCAGGCAGAUGAAAUUAGGUGAACAUCACAAGAAAUCGAAACCCGUUGACGACAUCACGAACAAGUUGAGAGGUGAACUACAGAGGUGUCUCGCUAACCAAGCUUUAAAAAGAAAAGAGAUUAAUCGUUUGGAGAACACGCUGUCACAACGAGAAAAAGAGUUGAAUAAAGCCAUGACAGUGGCCGACUCGUGUCGCCAGGAAGCAGCACGAUAUACCAAACGAGUUAACGAGUUGGAGCAAGAGCUGAAAUCUGUAUUAACGGACCAGGCUAUGAAGGCGAAUGUUCAAAUACAAAAGCUCUCUGACCACUUGAACGACGUGAAGAAAAAGUAUGAAUUGUUACAUGACGAGAAAAUUAAUGUGGAGCAAAGAUUGGAGGAAGCUUUAGCUGUUAACCAAGAGAGACUGAAGAAAUUGCAUCAAGAGACUAUGGAACAACAAGAGAAGGAAACUAUCGAUGAAUAUAAUAAAGAAUACUUAGAGAUACACGCUAAAGCCAUAGAAAGAAUAAAGCAAGAAGCACAAAUGGAGAUAGUACAAUUAUCCGUACAACUAGAACAAAAGGAAAAAGAAAUAGAUCAUGUAAAAAAAAUGUACAUAGACGUCUGCGGAACGAAAGAGCAAUUAAUAACUGAGCACAAAAACGAGAUCAAAACGUUAAUGAGCAAAUACGCUACGAUAGAAUCGCAUCAAAAGAAUGUGGAGAAAUUGGAGAGCGAACUGCAAAUACAAGUUAAAUUGUGUAACAAGCUAACUAAGGAAUGCGAGUCCUUCAAGAGUAAAAUAAUCGAGCUGGAGAAAGAUCUGGCUUAUGAAAGAAGAAAGAAGGAGGAUCACACGAAAAAGAUACAUUCCGAAAUAGAGAGAGCGAAAGAAGAAGCGUUAAAUGAGCUGAGGAAUGCGCACCCAAAUCAAGAAAUAAGCCUCCUCCUGCCGGACCAUUGUUCCGAGCACCUGGAGAAGAUCAAUCAACUACAAGAAGAUUGUAAACGUUUAGAGGAGAAGCUUCGAAUCGCUAUGCAAGAGCAGAAGAAAUUGUCCGAAUAUGAGACUGAAUUGGACGAUGCUAAAUUGAAGAUGGCGCAGGUAGAAAUCUCACAGGAAUCGUGGAAGAAGAAAUACGAGAACACCGUCAGCGAGAGGAACGAUCUUUCAGCCAAAGUCUCCCAAUUGGGCGUGGAAUUGUCGAAUUUGAAACGUACCGCGAAGCUGGAGGACUCGGACGACGUGAAACUGAGGAUCGCCCGGUUUCAAAUGGAGAACGAAGCGCUGAAGACUCGAUAUGACAGUCUGCUCAAGGAGAGAAACACUUGCAGGGAGAAGAUCACCGAACUGGAGGCGGGAUUGGCCGCCGCGAGAAAGAAGAUUGCCAGCCUUGAGGGCAGGAUACGAAAGGGUGGCGACGUCUCGUUAGACUCGAGAAACGAAUUAGAGAAGGAGCUCUCUCAUUACAAGGAUUUGGUCGCACAAUUGUCCAGGCUGAGUAAUUCGAAGGAGGGACGCAUGAACGAAUCGGCGUUGGAGCAGAAGAUACAACAGCUCGAACAAGAUUUGCGCGACAAGAACGAGAAACUGAGCAGGCUGAAGGAUCUCGAAAAGAUUAAGUACGAGCGAGACGAGCUCGUCGUAAAAUUGAGCGAUCAGGCUAAGCAAUUUCAGCAGUAUGUGAAGAGCCAGAACCAAGUGUCCGAGUUGAAUCUGUCGCCUCGCAGUGGAGCCGGUAGUACGGAUUUUCAGAAAAUGAAAGAGACUAUGACGAAGGAAGUGCGGGAAGAGAUGGAACAGAAAGUGGCGAAAGAGCUGAGAAGGAUCGGGAAAGAAUUGGAGCAAAAGUACAAAACUGCCGUGUUAGAAUUGCAAACGAAAUACGACGAGAAGAAUCAGGAGACGGAGACUCUGCGCAUGAAAAUCGGCCAGGUUAGUCAAGUUAAUCAGAUUGUGAAGAGCAAACUGGAGAUCUGCGACCGAGAGCUGCAGACGCGCCAGUUGCGGAUCGAGGAGCUGGAAGAAGAUCUGAAGCGAAAGGAGAGCGAAGUCGAGGAAGACAAGAACAUGAUGGCCCAAAUGAUGACCACAUGGGCCAGCGAAGUCAAGGAAAUCAAAGCUAGGGAGGUAGAGAUGAGUCACGAGAUACAGAAGCUGAAGGUGAAGGAGGAAGAAGUGAGUAACGAGAUUAAAGAGCUGAAGGAAAAAGAGAAAAACUUGAAGAGCGAUGUGAACGUGUGGAAAUAUAAGUACCAAACGGCGAAGAAAAUUGCAUUCAAUUACAAGAAUUACGCGGAGCAAAGGAAGGAUUUCUUCACGGACGAAUGCAAACGUAUCGAGGACGGAUACAAAAAGGCCAUGAAUCAAGUACAAGAAGACUUUCAGGAGCAGGAGGAGCGAUACGCCUCGAAAGUUAAAGAACUUGAGUAUCAGUAUACAAACAAAGUGGAACAAAUGCGACUUACACUUACAGAGUACAAAAGUAAAUGUUAAAGUACGUACUAAGUAUUCUCUCAGUAUGCAAUACAGCUUUUUUUUUUUCCCCCCCGCAUAUAGAAACGAUAAAGUGUAGUUACAGAGGCUAGGAAUUUUCUUCGUCUUUAAUUUAAAGCACUAUAUUGUACAACACUUUACUGUUAGCGGAGAUUUUACGUUAGGGACCAAUAUAUACAUAUAGACGAAAUUCGUAUUAUAUCGGUAGAAUUGUUAUUACCGCGUUCGCCGGCUUCGAUUUCCCGUCGAAGCAGAGCGGAACGUCCUGAUCUGUAGUUCUAGAGCUGAACGUCUGAAGUACAAUUAUCUGGUUAAUAUCAUCAUCCGAGCAUUCUAACCGGAUAGUAAGAUUUAUACAUAUUGUUAGUCGUUUACGACGGGAAUGCAAUUAAUGCUGUAAAAAGAAGAAGAAAAAUAGGAAGAAGCCGCUAUAACCGUUAUAUUGUAAUUUUAUAACGCGCCUAUAAUUUAUAAGGCAACAAGGUACACAUGCAAACUCACGAACAAAAGGAAAAAGCUUUAGUCACGUGUUUCUACCGUGCAUUACGACAUAAUACGAUAAUGCAAGACUGGAUCUCUCUAUUGGGUCUUUCUUUCUUUCUUCGCCCACGAAGUAAGAGAGAAUCGUCGUCGUAAAACAUAGACUUUAAGAGUAACGUUUAUCCUCCUCGCCCCCUGUACGUUAACGAAAAUACUAUAUUCCGACAUAAAUCAUUGCUAACAAAGUUUUUACCCCUUCGAGUAUUAGGCGUCUAUUUACAUUUUAUACAUACGUCACAUUAAGAUAAUUUCUAUCAAGAUUGUACAAAAUGCGACUCUCUUUUCACGCGUAUAUAAAAGGAAAUUUUUGUAUAAUUGUUCAAAAUCUCUAAAUUGUAUUAAAGAUUUUGAAUGCGUGGACAGCGGGACUGAGUAACGAAGAUCUGCGUUAUACUUAGUCUUAAUAAUUUACAAAUGUGUAUUUAAGUAACAACUUACUCUCUCGGGCGUUCAAAGUAUCCGAUGGUGUUCGGUAGAAUCUCUUCUCUUGAAAGAUUGGACGCAAAGCGCCCCUAACCGAACCGGAAUAAGAUUUCAUAGUUCAUCGAUCAAUUUCUACUUUCUUUAAUUCUUAUGCAAUUGUGUGCAAUCGCCAAUUAUGCGGAACUUAUCGGUAUCGGUAUAUAAGUCGCGGAGUAUAAUAUAAAUUAAAUGCGCUUGUAUAUCUAUAUCUAGAAUCUUGAUAAGAAUGUCCGACAUAUUGAUACACAUCGCGCGUUUGAAUAAGUAAUUAUUAAUUUACCAGUAUCGCGCUGGAUAUAGAGAGUAUUAUUAAUAUUAAUUAGUUAUGUAUUUUUGUAUGUAGAGUGAAUUAAUUUAUUUUUUGUAAUAAAGAAUUUUAUGUCUCUGUCGAAGUGUCGUUUCCAGUGUAAGAUAAAGUAAUGAUACAACUGUAAUUAAGUUCUAAAGGUCUGUGUGUGUGUGCGUGUGUCGCGUGUAUAUAUGUUGUACAUUAGAAAGAAAGAUACUAUGAUGAAUAGGUGCAUUUACAAUUAUAUUCAAGCCAUAUUGAUAGCUGUGAAGUUAAUUACAUGUUAGAACAAUAGAAAUAACAAAUUUCAGUAUGCAAUCAAUUUUAUAAAAUUUUCAUAAAAUACAUCCUUUUAUACAAACAUCCCGAAUACUGUAUUCUUCAAAAAGAUAUGUUCGAUAUAUCUAUGUUUUAAUAUUGAAAGAAAUUUAGGGAGACUAACAUAUUUUUUCACA